AUGCCUCUCACGCCUGCUGAGAAGCAGAGACGAUACCGAGAACAGCGUAAAAAUAAUCUCGAAAAGGAAGCAGAAUAUAAAGGAAAUGAUCUAGAGAGAUACCAUGCAAGCAAAAACUUAGUUGGAGAUUUAACAACACGUUUUAACAUCGAGCAUUCAAAAAGAAAUGGCGAGACAAAUGCCAGUCCAGCCCCUUCAGACCAAGAUCAAGUGAUUCCAACGGCUUAUAAACGUUUGUCUACACCCCAGCUGUCUAUUUCCCGUGAAAAUACUCCCAAUUCCAUCAAAUUAGCAGCUACUCGCGGCAGAAAGCAAGUAUAA